CCUGCGCACUGCGGCCGGGCGGGGAGGGGCGAGGACGGGGCCGGCCUGGGCGCGACAGCGACGCAAGAUGGCGGCCACCACGGGCUCGGGAGUAAAAGUCCCUCGCAAUUUCCGACUGUUGGAAGAACUCGAAGAAGGCCAGAAAGGCGUAGGAGAUGGCACAGUUAGCUGGGGUCUAGAAGAUGACGAAGACAUGACUCUUACACGGUGGACAGGGAUGAUAAUUGGGCCUCCAAGAACAAUCUAUGAAAAUCGAAUAUACAGCCUUAAAAUAGAAUGUGGACCUAAGUACCCAGAAGCACCUCCCUUUGUAAGAUUCGUCACAAAAAUUAAUAUGAAUGGAGUUAAUAGUUCUAACGGCGUGGUGGACCCGAGGGCCAUCUCGGUGCUGGCCAAGUGGCAGAACUCCUACAGCAUCAAGGUCGUCCUGCAGGAGCUGCGGCGCCUGCUGAUGUCGAAGGAGAACAUGAAGCUGCCGCAGCCGCCCGAGGGACAGUGUUACAGCAACUAGCCAGGCCAGCGUCUCCCCCGCCCCCACCGUAGAGGCCGCUCGCUAGGUCCGCCUCGAGACUCGGGCGCCAGAGGACGCUCCUGCCGAAAGGCCGUUCCCCCCCACGCUCCGCCCGUGAUACUAACCCGCCGUCCCUUCCGAGUGUCCACGCUGUCCGGCACCGCCCCUCCCUCACGUGCAACCACUGUCCACGCCGCCGUCGCCACCGUCGUCGUCCUCGAACUUCUGGGAUCAAGAAAGUCUGUGGAGGCCGAUCUCGUCCUGCCUGGGGGGCGCGUCUGUCUGCUCAACUGUGAAAGGCGCUUCACACAAUCACCUGCUGCGGGGGCGCCCUCGCCCCCGGGAGCCGAGGAGGCGGGGCUCCUGCCCUGCCCGGGUGGGGGGCACCCGCCGGCCCCUCUGCCUGCCUUCUCGAAGUUUUAAACAAUGUCCCCCUGCCAAGCCAUCGCCCUGCCCCGCUCCCCUCCCCCACCCUGGGCCAAAGCAUCGAUUGUAAACCCCCCCCUGCUCCCCUCGGAAAUUGGCCUUCGGUGAGGAAUUCAGGGCUUCUCCUACCUUCCCCACCUUUACGCGCGCGCGCACACACACACACACACAUGCACGCACGCACACACACGCGCACACACACGCACGCCCUGGCCAGCAGCCAUCCGGUCAGGCUGCAGAGAGCCUGGCCACCCGGUUUAAUUUGGGAACCACCGUGACUUCUCUCCACCAGCCUGGGAGCCGCCCGCGCGGGGUCCCCGGCCCCCCGGGCCUCUGCCGUCACCCGCAGCCCAUGCGUUUUUUUAAGCUCAGGUUUUGAUAAGGUGAACAAGAACAGUCACCAGGGCUCGCCCGCCCUGCCGGCUGGUUCGGGUCCUCAGCAGGGGAGGGGGUUUCAGCACGAAGAAAGGCCACAGGAGGACACUCGUAAGCACACACAAUCCCUCCGAAUGAAUUGUCUCCCUUUCCUCUCAAACGGCUUCUGCUUUGUCAAUCAAUCGAAGAUGCGUGUGAAGCAGGGCGCUCUCCCCGGCCGUCCCGGCGACGCGCGCACGCGGCUCUGGUCUGGAAUCUGACAACUGGAACAAAAAAGACCCUCGACUCCGGGUGCUGCUUCCCGCGUCCCACGGGGGGCCGGCGGUCUCGGCGAGCGCGCGGGGCCCGACCUGGCCAGCCUGACUUCUGACGAAUUGCUGCGUUUCCCCAGUUUUCUGUUCAGGACCACUAGAUGCUGAGAUGUGGAUGCGUACCGAAAUAAAAGCGAUUCAUUGUGUUCUAAGGGU